AUGAAACUGACUCGGAUCAUUCCUGCGAUAACGUUCUCAGCGCUCUCGGCAUACGCGUCCGCAGAGGCAGUUUUCAAAGUCAACUACGAAGAUCAGAGCGUGAGCUCCGGCUACCCGACGUCAGGCUCCGAGCGAGUUUUGGUUCCUGGCAUCGAACCGGACCUGGCCACAGCCAAGGACGCCGUCUACAUCGUGCCUGGCGGUGCCCACAACACCGAAUUCGCAGUUGCGAACAAGGUGACUCUGGACGACCCGGCGUACGUCGGUGGCGGCUUCCCGCGCAGUGAAUUUGGAUUCGCUGGGUUCCCGGGGGCCAUCUACAAAGACGGCGAGCGCGGCGAGUACACCUUUAGUAUGCUGCUCAAGGAUCUCGAGCCAUCGGUCAAAGGAGACCGCCCAGAGCCUGCCGAGGACGUGGUCUGGCAGUUCAAACACCACGGCGGCGGCCAUGACCUCCACCUCGCGCUCGUGGGCAAGAAUCUCAAGCUUGGUUGGGGCGGCAAUGUCUAUAAAGAGACUAUCAUCGAGGAUGUCACGCCGCACGUGAACAAGUGGAUGGAUUUUCGCUUCAAUGUGCUCUGGAAGAGCGACGAGACCGGCAACUUUACCCUCGACUUCAAGUUGCCCGGAGAAUGUAAAUGGGGACACACUGUCACGAAGAAUGACCUUCAGACCUAUGUGACCGCGAGCCCUGAUGGCACGCCGUGGACGGGCACCGGCUCGAUUCAGUACGGUGUGUACCGCCAUUCGGCCAAUUCUUCGGCUGGCGACACUAAGACGCUUAUUGUCUACCACGAUGAAGUCACGGCAAUUAACUUUAGCAACACAGCAGACUUAUAA